GGAGGUUGGGUAACGUCAUGAAUUUGGGAGGAGAAACUCCCCGUGACCACAAAAAGGACAGCCGAGCGAUGGAGGACCGGCGGGUGUCUGUGGAAGCCCAGAACGAUGUCGGGCUCCUUGAGCAGCACCUCGAGGCGCUCGAGCGGCAGCUUCAGGAGAAGCACGCGUUCAACAACAGCCUCAAGUACGAGAGCGAGUGCCUCAGCCAGCGCAUCGAAGCCCUCGAGGAGGACCAGCGCGUUGCGAAAGCAAAAUACGACGAAAUGAACAAGCUCUUUGGCGAAAAGGCCCACGCGCAGCACGACGAAAGCAAGGGCAAAGUCGAGGCGCUGACCUCAACGAUGGAGCAGCUAGAGAUUGACAUGCAAGAGAACGAGCGGCUCACGCAACUGCAUGCGUCCUUGGUUGAGCAACAGGAAGAGCUCCAAAAAACCCUCGAUGAAAUGCUACAGAAACAAAAGACCGAUCUGCACCAAUUGAAACUCAACGAGUACCAACGGAAGUCGACCAUGGAGGAGAACUUUCGCAACUUGCUCGCGGCGCUCGAGACGCAAAAUCUCAAGACCGGAUUCGGUCUGCUCCUGGAGGCGCGCCAGACACUAUUGACACCGCUCGCCACCGAUGUCGCGCCGGCGGCACCGCGCGAUGGCCCAGCUUGACCGAGAGUACAAUUCAUUCGAGUGCAGAAGCACGAAGAAUCAGAUUUUAUCAAGAUGUAGUAGACUUCGACAGCUUUCUCC